CAAGAAAGGAGAAGGACCUUAUUGCUUCGAGAAGGCGGUUGUGAUGAGGCAUAAUGUUGGGAAAAUGGGGAAGCAGAAGAAGCUUCAAGUGUCUGACUUGUUGAGAUGUAAAGCAAGACAGUAUUGUGGCAUUAACCCUAAUGGCAGAGGCAGAGAGGUCAAUCUGAGAGGGGAGCCAAGCAUAACGUUGACCUUGCUAAUGAGGAAUGGAUCAAGAUCGUUCAAGAAUCCGACGGCUGUGAUUAAUGUGUUCUCAAGGGAGUGUGCAAUGGUGGAUGGGUGCACAUUAGAGGUGGUUCAGUCUGAAGAUCUAAACUUCUGUGAUCAGGUUAGACUGAUGACAAACACCGAUAUCCUUGCAUCCCCACAUGGAGCGCAGCUAACAAACAUGCUCUUCAUGGAUAGAAACAGUAGCGUAAUGGAGUUCUUCCCCAAAGGAUGGCUGGAGCUUGCAGGGGUAGGUCAGUAUGCUCAUCACUGGAUGGCCGACCUGUCCGGUAUGAAGUACCGGGGUGCUUGGUGGGAUCCCUAUGCCGAAAAAGAAUGCCCGGACCCUAAAAAAGAACUGGAAUGCUUUCUGUUUUACAAAGAUGGGAAAGUCGGUCACAAUGAAACCUUCUUUGCAGACUGGGCAAGAAAUGUCCUCGAACAAGUACGAACAAGCAAGCUAAAACAAGACAUUGAGAGUCCGCAGAGAAAUUCAAAUGUUUGCCAAUGCUAGCUGGCUGAAUCAGACAAAUAUUUACCAACAAACAAGCCGAAAGAUUUCACUA